AUGCCGUUCACUCUGCAGAGCGUGACGAUUGUGCUGCGAAACGAGCGCGGCGCCGACGCCCUGACGCAGGUGGGGCCGCUCAUCUCGCAGUUCAUCGGGCCGUCGCCCGAGCUGUCGCUCAGCGCCGCCUGCAGCUUCCGCUCCACGACGUUGCUGGACUGGAUCUGGGGCUGCAGCUGUCCGACGCAGCACGACUCGGCCGCUUCUGCUUCCACUGACGGCUGGACGCUCACCCGCUUCCUGCGUAGUGACGAGUUUUACAGCCGCUGGCAGUUCGCAGAGGUCGCUCAUGUCGCUGUGGAGCGCAGUGACACGGAGUUGCUGCAGUGGCUGUUUGACCACUUUCAAGACCCCGUUGUGCCCUCGGACGUCGUGUCCCAGGCUGUGCACAAGGGCGACUUGGCCCUGCUGCAGUUCCUGGCCAACACAAGUCCAGGUGUCAAGGUUGAAUGGUACCCCACAGUUGUCCAAGACGCGCUGCAGGUCAAGCAGCUCGAAACGGCUCACUGGUUACACCAGCACGCGCCACUCGGUACCAUGACGGACCAGGUGCGCGAAUGGAUGAUCAAGGCUGCCAUGCACGCCGGAGACUUGGAAUUCUGCGCGUCCCUGCUACCCAAAGGCAGGUGCGUUCUGGACUACGCCGACUUCUGCGCUACGCCUGCCAUGAUCGAGUGGAAGCUGGACUGCGGCUACUUCCAGCGGGACUGGGCUGGCGCCGGCGCCGCCAUUCAUGCUCUAGCCGGCACCGACCGCCUAGACCUCAUCCGCCGCAUCGCCGGCCAGCACGAUCCGCCCCCGCAGCAUCUCGACUUGGUCGGCCAGUGGCGCUACACACUGAGUGAGGCGUUCCGCCACGGCAAUUUGGAUGUAAUCAAGUUCCUGGUGGAUCACCCAACAGGACAGCAAACCAUCAACGAGAUGGGCCGCAGCAGAGAGCUCUCGAGUCUCAUGUGCUUCCCUGCUGCCAAGGGCAACAUCAAGGCAAUGCAGUAUCUGCACGACGAAGGGGCUGGCGGCCCGUUCGAGCAGGCGAUGGAGCGCUACCCGCGGCUGAGCAAGAUCCCGGAGUAUUGCUUCAUGGACGAAGCUGCAACGCGUGGACGUAUCGACAUGUUGCCGCUGUUCCAGAGUGUCGAGCCGUCGGAAAUUCCCGGACUAUUUACUCCUGCUUCUCCUCCGCCACUGGUUGAAGCGGAAGACGCCAACGGCAGCACUGGAGUAACUGUGUACGACUCAGAUCGCCAUCGGAAGAUCAUACCGAAACGAUGUCGGUAUCGUGACUCGUGGGCUCCGACGGACCCCAUGGACGAUGCGGCCGCAAACGGCAAGCUGGCAGCGGUGCAGUGGCUGCACGUGAACCGCACGGAGGGAGGCACCACUGCUGCUAUGGAUGAGGCUGCAGCCAACGGAUAUCUGGACGUGGUGAAGUGGUUGCAUGCCAAUCGGAGUGAAGUCUGCAGCUCCAACGCGAUGGACUUUGCUGCGAAGCGCGGCCAGCUCAAGAUCGUGCAGUGGCUCCAUGCCAACACAGCGGCUGGGUGUACGACGGCCGCGAUGGACCUUGCUGCUGCUGGGGGAAACAUGAAGACGCUGGAGUGGCUGUUUUUAAACCGAUCGGAAGGUUGCACCGUCCAGGGAAUCGAGCGAGCAGUAAGCAACGGUCACUUGAAUGUGGCAUCUUGGCUGAUGCGGCGAUUUCCCGAGCUUAACCCUGCGAGCUUCAACCCGCUUCUUCUCUCCAAGAACAAGUUCGAGGUGCUGCUGUUCCUACAUGUGCACCAGCCGGAAGCCUUCACGCCCGACUUCGUGCGAAGCGCCCGUCUGCCUAUCACGGAAUUGACGCCAAGCGAUGUCCAGAUCCAAAACUGGUUGAAGCUGCACUACCCCGUGCCAGACACACCCCAACUUGCAGGUGGGAUUCCUGAAAGAGUUGCGCAGCAGAUCGCGAGGCAACAGGCCGAGGACUUUAUCUAA